AGUUUUCAAAUAGAGGCCGUCCUGACAGGAAGUGAAGGCCGGAGGAGAAAGAAUGAAAUAGUUUAAGAAUCUUGAAAACUUCAAAACUAUAAUUUCAAACAAUUGCAUUCUAUGAUCUAUAGCGCAAGCCCUGGCUCCUCUUUAGCACACUUAAAAAUGGUGUAUUUGGGCUAAACAAAGGGUUUAAAGAACAUUCUCUACAGAUAGUAAACUACUAUAGACUAUGAACUAUAUUCAACUGUACGUUAUAGUAUCAGUGAUGACGUUUACAAUGAGUGAGGGCAUGAAAAGAUGGAAAAAAGGCGGGAAAAAGUUUGGUCGGGAGAACAUUGAUAAUAUUUUAUCCCGGGACUGCAGGUUUUGGAAGAACCCGUAUAAACAGCAUGAUUUACUUACAAGAUACCGUCCUUCACCUCCUUCUCUCUACUAUUACUGGGACAUUGAAAAACAGAUCUGUUCUUCCUGUCGAAGCUGUCAGCGUGAGGGAUUUGUUACUGUUAAACCAUGCUCCUUCUUCUCAAACACUGUCUGCACAGAUAGAAACAAACAAGAAGCAUUCAGUUCAUAUUCCUGGGCGGAUUCCACCAACGACGACUACGAUGAAUCUGAGGGGGCCGGGGAGGCCGGACAGGUCAAAUUCCAGUCUGAUUUCUCUCCGGCACAACAAGAGAAGGAGGAGGUUUACGGUCAACCUGUUUUUGGAAUCAGUGAUUCUCUACAGUCUUUACAGGUACAACUUUGCGACCUCGUAACUAUUCUUUUUAUUUUAGACCCGAGAUUUAGAAAAGAGAAUUGAGAAAUUGCAUUUAGAAUUUUUAAGCUUAUUUAUUUCUCACCCCAAUA